UUCCUGCCUGUUGAAGCCCUCCUGCAGUUCGUGGGAGCAUUGCGGGGUAGUGCUUCCUGCUCCGAGGCGGCUUGUGUUCGUCUCAUAAAUAAACUCUCGAUCUGAAGCUCUUACGGGUUUUUAUUUCAAAUUAAAAGCAGCGCGCCUGCACACAGAAGGUGUUAUCUGCAUAUUUAUUUAUAUAUAUACAGAUAUAUGUUUUAAAAUCAAGAUAAACGUUCAGGAGAAGGAAGAUGCCUCACAAUUUCCAGCCGGGGGACUUGGUCUUCGCGAAGAUGAAGGGUUACCCGUACUGGCCGGCGAGGAUUGAAGAAGUGGCCGAGGGGGCGGUGAAGCCUCCCCCAAACAAGCACCCCAUCUUCUUCUUCGGGACACACGAAACUGCGUUCCUGGCUUCGAAGGAUCUGUUCCCAUAUGAGAAGAGCAAGGAGAGGUACGGGAAGCCCAACAAGAGGAAAGGCUUCAACGAGGGAUUGUGGGAAAUCCAGAACAACCCGCACGCCAACUACAACACCCCCGCCGCAGCCAGCUCUUCUGACAGCGAGGGCGGAGCAGGAAGUGAUGCGGAAGAGGAGGGGCCAAAGAAAGCAGAGUCAGGAAGUGAUGCGGAGUCUGAGCACGGAAGUGAGCCUGGUGGAGGAGGGGGAGGGGUGAAGAGGAAGGCUCCGCCCACAAAGGUGCAGCCGGCGAAGCGCGUCCGGAACUCUUCGAGCGAUCGAGAGCCGGAGCAGGAGAGCGACUCGGGAUCCGACCCGGAGAACUCGGGAAGCUCGGACUCGGAAUCGGAGAAGAACAGCGACCAGGAUUUCACCCCGGAGAAGAAGCCUGCAGGCCGGGCUCCCAGGAGGACAGCGGGAGGAGGGGGGCGGACACAGAAGCAGGACUCGGACUCAGAUUCCAAAUCGGAUUCAGAACCGGAACCAAAACCCAAACCAGCACCUGAGCCCGAGGAGGAAGAGGAGGACGAGAAAGAAGGGAAGGCAGCAGCAUCAGCGUCCUCCGAGUCCAGAUCAGAGUCCAGAUCCGAGUCUGAGUCGGAUCGACCCGUGAAGAAAGCGCGCCGGGGCAGGAAGCCAGCUGCAGAGAGGCCGCCCCCGAAGCCGAGGGGCAGAAAGCCGAAAACAAAGCCGGUCCCGGCCCCAACGCCGUCGAGCUCGAGCAGUGACAGCGACAGUGAGCCGGACCGCAUCAGCGAUUGGAAGCGGAGGGAUGAGGAGAGGAAGAAGGAGCUGGAGGAGAAGAGGAAGAGGGAGCAGGACGAGGAGCUGCGCAGGCUGAGGGAGCGAGAGAAGGAGGAGGAGGAGCAGAGGAAGAGGGAGAAGGAGGACAAGGGGAACAAGGCCAGCGAAAGCGACUCCAGCGACACUAGUGUGGAAGAAGGGGGCCGCAGAGACAAGCCCAGCAAGAUGACCAAGAAACCGCCCCCCCCCAAACCGGCCAAAUCCGACUCGGACUCGGACUCGGAGAAGGAGGUGAAGAAACCAGCCAAGCGCCCUGAAGCAAUAAAGAAGGGCCGACCGCGGAAAGACAAGGAGCCGAAAGAGAGGAAGCGGAGGCACACGGAGGAUAAGCCCAGGGCCAGGUCGGUGAAAGCAGAGAGGCCGAGGAGGAGACCAGAGAAAGUCCCGGAAAGGAGGGUGGAGAAGAAGAAAGAGCCGUCCCCUGAGGAGAAGUUGCAGAAGCUCCACACUGACAUCAAGUUUGCCCUGAAGGUGGACAGUCCCGAUGUGAAGAAGUGUCUGCAGGCUCUGGAGGAGCUGGGCUCUGUGCAGGUGACCAGUCACAUCCUGCAGAAGAACACAGACGUGGUGGCAACCCUGAAGAAGAUUCGUCGGUACAAGGCCAGUCGGGAGGUGAUGCAGAAAGCUGCCGAGGUUUACAACAAGCUGAAGCUGCAGGUUCUGGGGGGAAAGGCUGAGCCGCUGCAGAAACCCAAACAGCAAGUGAAGAGCGAGGAGGACAUGCCACCGGACACGGACUCAACAACACCAGUGAACGGGGAGGCGGAGCCACAGAAGGCAGACAGCGACUCGGCAGAGCCGGCAGCAGACGACCCAAAAUCACCCGGAACAGAGAACAUGGACACUGCAGAGCAGCGCCAGAACAGCCAGGAGAAGGCAGACGAAGCGUCAACAGAAAAGAAUGACAUCAUGGCCCUGGAGCCAGCCGUUUCCAUGGAGACAGAGCCGGGUGCCAGCGAGAGCUGAGACUGUGUGGGAGUGAGCACAAAGGAUUGUGGGAUGUAGAUUAUAAACUAAACAAAGCCUGGCUCCCUCGCACUUCCGGUCUCCGACUUCUUCUGAUUUUUUUUUUUUUUUUCACUCGUUAAUAACUUUAUAUUUCAGUGAAAGCUGUCUGCUGUAUAUAUUGGUACAAUAGGGCAAUAAGUAUGGAAUCACACACUCUCCCCCCCCCCCCCCCCACGGUCAGGUGCAGUUGCAGCAUUCAGCCACUGUAUGAGGUGGCGCUGUGCGCAGACCCCAUGAGAGUUCAUGUGAGA